AAUCAAGCGACCUAUAAUUUAGUGUUCUUGUGCGCAACGCAUUUCCACGAACGAAACGAUCUCUCUCUCCCUCUCUUUUGAGUUGUCUGUGAAAGCAAUUGGAUUUCGAUUCUGAUUUUUGAGAAACCCUAAUUCUCCGAUGUCGAUCUCCGAGUACAAUGGGAGUGCACUGGUGGCAAUGGUGGGGAAGAACUGCUUCGCCAUCGCCAGCGAUCGCCGCCUCGGUGUUCAGCUCCAGACCGUCGCCACCGACUUCAAGAGGAUUAGCCAAGUCCAUGAUAGGCUCUUCAUCGGCCUCUCCGGCCUCGCCACGGACGCUCAGACUCUGUAUCAGAGGCUCAUGUUUCGGCACAAGCUGUACCAGCUUCGUGAGGAGAGGGAUAUGAAGCCCGAGACUUUUGCGAGCCUCGUUUCGGCUAUUCUGUAUGAGAAAAGGUUUGGUCCCUACUUCACUCAGCCUGUAAUUGCUGGGUUAGGUGAUGAAGACAAACCAUUCAUCUGUACUAUGGAUUCAAUUGGAGCCAAGGAACUAGCAAAGGACUUUGUUGUUGCUGGUACUGCAUCCGAGUCCCUUUAUGGUGCUUGUGAGGCAAUGUUCAAGCCUGAUAUGUUUGUCUACCAAUUGUCAAUCAGGAACCAGAGGAAUUGUUUGAGACUGUCUCUCAAGCAUUGCUUUCAUCAGUAGAUCGAGACUGUCUAAGUGGUUGGGGAGGCCAUGUCUUUGUCGUAACACCAACUGAAGUGCAGGAGAAGAUCUUGAAGGGAAGAAUGGACUGACCUCGCUGCAUGCCUUUUAGUGAAUCCUCUUGCAUUUUGUUCUGGCUGCAUCUUUUCCUCAAGUGUUUAUGUAGCUUUGACGUGAAUGAGCAGACAUAAGCAUUCUUGGCGAUCAUAGGCCCCUUGUUAUGUUUUGAUUUAAUGUACUUUGACGAGUAUAGACAGUGGGAUCAUAGGUCACUUGGAGAAAAUGCCGGGAAUUCAAAUAUGUUUCAGUUGGCACGCUCAUGAAUGUUUCUAAACAGUUUUCGAAUUUAUCCAGAUGUAUUUGCUGUUUCUAA